AUGUCCUCGGUGCGCGUGCAGCACGGCGGCCUGUACACGUGCGUGGCGAGGAACAUGAUGGGCGCCGCGCAGCACACCGCGGCGCUCAACGUGUACGGGCCGCCGGUGAGCCGCGAGCCGCUCAACCUGACGGUGGUCUCGGGCUCGGACGUGUGGCUGCGCUGCCCCGUCGGCGGCUUCCCGCUGUCGCGCGUCGCCUGUCUGGUGCUGCGCGGCGUGGAGGCGGCCCGCGACGCCGGCGCCUACUCGUGCACCGCGUCCAACCAGCAGGGCCGCAGCGCCGAGGGCCGCCUGCACCUCCACGUCAUGCGUCCCCCCGAGAUGGCGCCCUUCCAGUUCCCCAGCACGCUGGUCGAGGGCAACCGCGCCCAGGUGUCGUGCUCGCUCAUCAGCGGCGACCUGCCCAUCAGCAUCUCGUGGCGCAAGGACGGAGGCCCGCUGCCGCGCGACCAGGCCGUCAACUCGCAGCAGAUGGAGUUCUUCAGCCACCUCACCUUCAGCGACCUGCGCGCGCGGCACACGGGCCGCUACACCUGCAUCGCCUCCAACGCGGCCGCCACCGCCAACUACAGCGCGGACCUGGUUGUCAGAGUGGCCCCCACCUGGGUCGUGGAGCCAUCCGACGAGGCCGCCGUCUUCCUGCAGCCCGCCGCGUUGCACUGCCAAGUUCGCGGCUACCCUCCACCCGUCACCAUGUGGCUGCGCGAAUCGGGGGACCCUCCCGGCGAGCCGCUGCUGGUCGAGUCCACGGUGGACACGCAGCUGGCGCCGAACGGGUCGCUGGUGUUCCCGCAGGUGCAGCCGCACCUGCAGGGCCACUACACCUGCCGGGCCUCCAACGACAUCGGCCAGCCGCUCUCCAAGUCCGUCUUCCUGCGAGUGAAUGUGCCCGCCCACUUCCCCACGCGGCAGCAGAACGCCACCGCCGUGUCGGGCGGCGCGGUGACGCUGCGCUGCGAGGCGCUGGGCGACCUGCCGCUGCACGUGUCGUGGUCGCGGCCGGGCCUGCAGCAGUCCCUGACGGGCCGCACCAGCGAGCGACGCACCCCCUCCGGCGUCCCCGGCGUCGCGUCCGAGCUGCGGCUCAGCGGGCUGACGCGCGAACAGCAGGGCGCCUACCACUGCCACGCCAGCAACGACUUCGGCCAGGACGAGGCCGUCGUGCUCCUCGCCGUCAAGGAUUCGCUAAGGGGGACUCGAAACGGGUGA